UAAGUUACACCGCUUGACUAUCAAUCAGACGAGGUCAAUGACCAGCAGCUCGUCCUGUAGCGAGCCACACCUCAAAGUCCGCAGUGCUUGCCUGUCCUUGGCGCUGACUACGUGUCCAACCUGCGACUGUCACCAUUUACAACAAUGACAACCAUCAAUUACGAGGAGUUGUUGAAGAAUUUAUCUGAACUGCUUGUUGUCGAUGUCAGGACACGAGAGGAGGUGAAGGAACACGGACAACUUCCUGGUUCUCAUGUUCUUCCUGUGCAGGAGCUGGAGGAGUCCUUGGGACUGGGUGAGGAGUCCUUUAAGACCAAGUAUGGCUUCCCUAAGCUUAACCCGGAGGACCCUACUCUAGUCAUCCUCUGCAGAUCCGGCAGAAGAGUCGGCUUUGCUCACGAUAUCCUAAAGGCCAAGGGGUUCACCAAACACAAACUGUAUUACGGCUCAUUCCUGGAUUGGUCGGAAAAAGGCGGUCCUAUUACCAAGCCCGGCCAGCCCUACGCGCCUCAGGAGUAACUCCUCCAACUGUCACACAGAACCUCUUGACCAACAUAGGAUCACCCAUAAGAUAAAUUGGAGGCUCAAUCACAGGAACAAGGGAAGGUUCAUUCUCAGGAACAAGUGGAGGCUCACCCAUAGGAAAUUUAUCAUCUAUUAACAAGUUGAAAGAACCAGGUGGAUAAUCUUAUAGAAACAGGAGUAGUUAAAAGUUACAAAUUAAAGUCAUCUAUUAUGACCAAUCUGAAUUUUAUUAAAAUAUAUAAAUUGUA